GUCACCCAGGUUCAACUGCGCAUCUCGGUUACAAAAGACGACCGGGAAAAUGUCGUGUUGUGCAGUGGGAUGCCAGAAUCGGAAAUCUGUAAACAGUGGUCUUAAGUUUUACCGAAUACCAUCAACUUGCACUCCUUUUAAUGCCAACCGCAGACGUCUUUGGAUACAAGCCAUCCGAAGAGCCGAUUGGAAAGAGGACCAAAUAAAAAAUGCCCGACUCUGCAGUUCACACUUCAUAUCAGGAGAGGUAUCCAUGGACUUCAAUAGUCCCGACUUUGUCCCUUCUGUCUUUUCCUACUCAACCCAUUGUGAAAUAAACAAAGGCGAUGCAAAACUUGAGAGAUUUAAGAGGAAAAGAAUAAGGGAUGAAACCACGCACAGACCACCAGAUGAUGUACAGCAGUCCAAAGAAGUUACUGUUGAGGUUGCAUCAGAAUCUUCAGUAACUUGCCUCUCCUCAGAUGACUGCAGAAUGGAGCCUGGUGCUGGUCCUUACACUGAAGCCACAGUCCCAAAUGUUCUCCAUGAUGAUCUGAAACACAAGUACAGCCAGCUUUCUGCAGAGUGUGUCAACCUGCGUUCGGAGAAAUCUGAGAUUGAGGAACUAAAAGCAACACUCAGAAAUACACAAUUUUCAUUUACAUACCCAGCCAUACAGCUCGACAUGGGUAAGAAACAGGCAGGCAAAACCAAGAAGGAUGCUCCAGAGCCCGAAGAGUUUGUGGUGGAGAAAGUGAUAGACCAGCGGGUGGUCAAUGGGAAAGUUGAGUUUUUCCUUAAAUGGAAAGGCUUCACAGAGGCUGAUAACACCUGGGAGCCUGAAGAGAAUUUGGACUGCCCCGAACUGAUUUCUGCCUUUCUGGAAUCUCAGAAAGGGGUAGUUGAGAAACCAGACUCCAAUAAAAGAAAAGCCUCCACUGGCUCUGAUACGGAAACAGAAGAGAGUAAGGCCAAGAAAAAGAAGGAUGUGCCUGAAAAGCCAAGAGGGUUUGCAAGAAACCUAGAGCCAGAGAGGAUCAUUGGAGCAACUGACAGCAGUGGGGAGCUCAUGUUCCUCAUGAAGUGGAAGGACUCUGAUGAAGCAGACCUGGUGCCUGCACGAGAGGCCAACACUCGGUGCCCACAAAUAGUUAUCGCCUUCUAUGAGGAAAGACUGACUUGGCAUUCGUGUCCAGAGGAUGAGCAGCAAUAACAUCUCAAUUUUUUUGCUGAAUGGUUCUGUGGUGUCUUCCUCCUGUACAGUGUGUUAUCUUUUGCUAGCUGAUGUGUGGGUAAACUGACAGUGGAGGAUUCUUUUAAGUAUUGAUUGGCCUGUAAACUAUGUGCAUGACUGAAUUGAGCCAGCGAAAGGAUGUAGAAGGGUGGAUGAUGAAUGUGUUUUUAAUAGGAUGCUUAGACUCUUCAUUUGGACUGUCACCAGUGCUGUUCAUCAUAAGGCAUUGACAUUUGUUUUUCUUCACCAUGAUUGUAAUCCUCUUAGAGAGACAAGAAACAUUUAUUUUAACUCCUGUUUCAUUAGGUUUAAGUUUUUAUUAGUUACCUUCCAUUUUGUUUACAUUACUGUAAAUGUUUGUGUAAAUAUUUUUAGUUCAAUAAAGGUUUACAUGCCUGCUUUUAA